GGGGGAAGACAUUAGCGGAGGGACACCUGUGUAAAGAUGGCAGACGUACCAGACAACGCACCGGAACACUGUCCGGGUACAACAAGCGAGCAAGCAGGAAAGUCUUCAUCAUGUCAGGGCUGUCCCAACCAGAAACUGUGUGCUUCUGGAGCCACAAAGGCCCCUGACCCUGCAAUUGCAGAAAUAGGAAUAAAGCUGUCAACAGUGAAACACAAGAUCCUGGUGCUGUCUGGAAAAGGAGGAGUGGGGAAGAGCACCUUUAGUGCACACCUGGCCCACGCCCUCGCCAGUGACACCACAAAGGAGGUUGCACUGCUGGAUGUAGAUAUCUGUGGUCCAUCCAUCCCGCGGAUCAUGGGCUUAGAGGGAGAACAGGUUCACCAGAGCGGUUCAGGCUGGUCUCCAGUGUACGUGGAGGACAACCUGGCAGUCAUGUCUAUUGGCUUCCUGCUCGGCAGCCCCGAUGAUGCUGUGAUCUGGAGAGGACCGAAGAAGAACGGGAUGAUCAAGCAGUUUUUGAGGGACGUUGACUGGGGGGAACUGGACUACCUCAUCGUUGACACUCCGCCCGGCACCUCCGACGAACACCUGUCCAUAGUCCAGUAUCUGAGCUCCACUAACGUGGAUGGAGCCGUCAUCGUCACCACACCACAGGAGGUGUCGCUGCAGGAUGUGAGAAAGGAAAUCAGGUUCUGUAAGAAGGUUAAGCUGCCGAUCAUCGGAGUGGUGGAGAACAUGAGCGGCUUCGUCUGUCCCAAAUGCAAGAACACGUCGCAGAUCUUCCCUCCCACCAGCGGGGGUGCUGAGAAAAUGUGCGCAGAUCUAAAUCUACCGCUGUUAGGAAAAGUACCUCUAGACCCGAGGAUAGCGCGGAGCUGCGACGAGGGCAGGUCCUUCCUCAGCGAAGUACCUGACUCUCCUGCUGCUCAGGCCUACGAGAGAAUCGUGCAAAGUAUCCAGGACUACUGUUCCAACAGAGUGACAGAGGAGCAGAGCUGAGCCCGGUGGAUGGCGGCCAUAUUGGAUCAGCCAAAUCACAUGAUAAGAGUGUUGUAGAAAACUGCUCAAUUUAAUAACUUUAAAAAAAAGAUGCACAGAAAAGCUCAUAAAAUCAGUAUGACAGUGAUUAGCAACGCCUGUCAGAAUUAUCUCAGUGUUAUAAGGACAGUUGGUGAGUUCGUCAGAUCUGCCAUGGUUCCUCUGCCAGUGCCGCAUUUACUGAGAAUAUAUUGAGGAGUUUGUCCAAAAUAGACGAAUGUAUAACAAUGAAUAGUAAUGAUUCAGUUGUAAUACAAUUUAAGCUAGUUCCUCUUUGUGAUAAAGUAAUUAAUUCGUCUUGUUACAGCUUUAUAAUAAAAGUGGUCCCAUCUACAUAAGCACUUUGGUCUAGUUUUGAGAAUGUUUUUUUUAAAUAAUCCUAAUGGAGAAAAAUGGGCUACAAAUUUCACAGUAAUUUUGUAAAACAGCAGAGCACUGGACUUUCUACUGUGUUUUUAUUUGUCUGAUUUCAGCUACGUUUAAACACGCUUGGCACACGUGGGAGUAUUUACAGCCGAAGAAUGAUGUUAGUGGGUCAGACUCGGUGAUUCGUGUUAAUGAAGGGGAAAUAUUGCGAAGUGUGGCCUAAUGCAGCGCGGAGAGGAAGGAUUUAUGGGUGAUUUUUGAGUAAUAAUAAGUUUUAUGGCACCAAUAAUAAAAUAUACAUCAGGCUUUGGGCUACACCGAUAACACACGUUGCCGGAUACAUUCCAUUUAUCGUUUGUCUUUACAUGCUGUUAACUGAAAAAAAAGCAGAAUAGUAGAUUUCUCUUUGUAGCAGUUCAUUUUAAUUGAGGGACAUUUGUAUGACUCAUAAUAUCAGGAUCCCACAUGAUAUGAAGGAUAUUGAAGUUUAUCGUCGGUUUCUUGUAUAACAGUGUUUCCAGAAAAAAAUACAAUUACAACAUACGACACUGGGUUUCCUCCACAGAGUCACGUCGGUUUUUCAUGAUGACCUGAAGAUCAUGGUCAUUCAGUUUAGGUUUUCGACGAGAUUUUCCCAGAUUUCCUGAAUCUUUUAAAGAUAUUGUGUACUUAAGAUGAUCAAAUCUGUGCAAUUUUAUUUUAAAUCUGUACAGAAAUCUUACAAAAUUAAAAUCUUCUCAAACAUGUUACUGACUCACUGCUAAUUAACCCAAUGAGCUGUCCAAUGUUCUACCAACUGCUCCAGUCUUUUGCUGCUAUUGUCCCAACAACACCACUUCUCAGUUUUAACAGUUCAUGUUGGCUACUAUUUUCAGUUAAAUGAGGUUUGAAUGCAAAUAAUUGAAUUCUGGUUUUAUUUACACUCUACACAGCAUCUUUCUUGGAAACAGGAUUGUUCAGUAUUGUAUUUGAGAUGAUGUUUGUUCAGGGUAAACUUUGUAAAUAAAGUUCCAGAGACUUUCAACCAUUUCGUACAAGAACACUUUGCUGCCCUAAAUCUUGUUUGCGAAGUAAUAGUAAGCCAAGAGAGAAAGUUAAAUAAUGUCACCUUCAACUGUUUUUUGGGGUUUUUUUUUACCCAUUUAGGACACCAGAUGAUCUUAUACAAGUUACAGCUUCUCAUCAGAUUUCAUUUUCUCAGUGAUUGUAAUCUUUCCACUAUAAACUAGAGUCAACCUUCUUAUCUAUGCACUUGGUUUGCUUUGUUGACAUAUUUCUACUACUGACAUACAAACAACCUUUUUGAAGUCUAACUGUGUACAUUGUGUGUGGUCGGGAGCUUAAUUUUUCACAUUUACAGAUGUCGUGAUGGUUAUUCAUUUUGUAACAUCUAGAAUGCUGGCCAUGUUUUACUAAUUCUAGUUGUGUUGUUUUAAUUUUCUUCACAAGUUCAUUUUAUAUCACGUGUAGUUGCCACUUAAGAGAUUCAGUUUUUCCUGAUUUGCAGUAAAUACGGCAGCAGCAGCGUUACAUUUAAAGGUGGAUUCCCUGUUUUGUUUAAUGGACUUGAUUUAACUGAUUUGCAAAAUAAAUGACCAAACCAGUGACCCAGUGAAA